UACUAUAAUCUGUCACCAAAGACUGGAUAUUCCUGUGCUGGGGCUCGUGCCAGCGCCUCGGGCUGCCAGGUGCUGCUUUCCAACUCCCACAUGGGCUGCCCUCCCCCUACUGCUACCCACAGGGCCCCCACUCCACCUGCUCCCAGACGAGGCCAACUCCUGGCCAAGCUCAGGGGCACAGUAGAGGCGCUCUGUUUCUGAUUUUUCUUGCCUUCCUUGGAGAUGCCUGUGCUUGGAAGGGAAGGCAGAACAUUGCAUCUUGGAACAAAUCUGCUUUUGAUCAUGCAAAUGAAUGCCUGGAUAAUGUAGGCAGACUGUCAAUUUCACCAGUUAGAAAGAAAGAGAAAAGGGGGAGAAAUUCCCCAUGACAGCGACUGAUGAAGAAUUUCAAUAGAAAGCUGCUACUUCAGAAAAUAAGAUCAUUUGCCGCGAAUGGAGAACAUCUCAGGCAGCCCUGAUGCUCCACCGUCCUUGCAGAGAGAAGCUUGCUCAGAGUGGUUACUGAAAACAGGAACCUGCCCUUCUGCAAGCCCUGUGCCUUCCUCGUUCCUAGCAGAGGAAGUAUGCGGCCAGUUUAGCAACUGCAGUUCUUCUGGGUAGCAUGGGCUGCUUCUCCACAACCGCGAGAGGCCCGGCUGCCUGUUUAUUCUGGAGCAGCAGCAGUUGACAGACGGAGAGGCAGUGACUCUGCACCCAGCAAUCCCUCUGCAGACAGCUCCCACAGGAGUCAUGCCCAGUGUGUGAAGCCGCCUUUCAAGAAGCAAGCUGCCAGAAAAAUGAUGCACGAUGCUCUCUAAACUGGGUCAUUCUCCACUUGGAGGGCUCAGGGCACGGUUGACUUUCCCCGUCUGUCUCCUAUACCACAGGCUCUGGGCAUCAUCAGCGGCCCCAGGGAAAAAGAAAGAAAUGGGAAACAGCAUGAAAUCCACCCCUGCGCCUGCCGAGAGGCCCCUGCCCAACCCGGAGGGACUGGAUAGCGACUUCCUUGCCGUGCUAAGUGACUACCCGUCUCCUGACAUUAGCCCCCCGAUAUUCCGCCGAGGGGAGAAACUGCGUGUGAUUUCUGAUGAAGGGGGCUGGUGGAAAGCUAUUUCUCUUAGCACUGGUCGUGAGAGUUACAUCCCUGGAAUAUGUGUGGCCAGAGUUUACCAUGGCUGGCUGUUUGAGGGCCUGGGCAGAGACAAGGCCGAGGAGCUGCUGCAGCUGCCAGACACAAAGGUCGGCUCCUUCAUGAUCAGAGAGAGUGAGACCAAGAAAGGGUUUUACUCACUGUCGGUGAGACACAGGCAGGUAAAGCAUUACCGCAUUUUCCGUCUGCCCAACAACUGGUACUACAUUUCCCCGAGGCUCACCUUCCAGUGCUUGGAGGACCUGGUGAACCACUAUUCUGAGGUGGCUGAUGGCCUGUGCUGUGUGCUCACCACGCCCUGCCUGACACAAAGCACGGCUGCCCCAGCAGUGAGGGCCUCCAGCUCACCUGUCACCUUGCGUCAGAAGACUGUGGACUGGAGGAGAGUGUCCAGACUGCAGGAGGACCCCGAGGGAACAGAGAACCCACUUGGGGUAGACGAGUCCCUUUUCAGCUAUGGCCUUCGAGAGAGCAUUGCCUCUUACCUGUCCCUGACCAGUGAGGACAACACCUCCUUUGAUCGAAAGAAGAAAAGCAUCUCCCUGAUGUAUGGUGGCAGCAAGAGAAAGAGCUCAUUCUUCUCAUCACCACCUUACUUUGAGGACUAGCCAAGAACAGACACAAUGGUUCAUGGCCAAAAGGAACAGAAGUUCCAACUAUUGCCUGGGAUCUUGCGAAAAGCGAGGUUCCCUGAUCCCCGGGAACCUCACGUAUUUUAGAAGCCAAGAGAAGCCACAUGGAGACUCAAAUUCGCAUCUUCUCUAUCCACAUCGUGACCAAAGGAACCCCUCCCUGGUGUCUGAUCAGGGCUGUGGCAUCACGAAACAUUGGAUCAUGACAUGUCGGGCGAUGCUUGGAAGAGCCCAGCAUGUAUGUAUGCACACAUUGUGUGUGUGGGAAGGACAAAGCCACUCUCACAAGAAAGGGCACCAGGACUGCUCUCCAAGGAACUGGACCUGUCCAGACAGUUACACUCCGAGGUCAUUGGAGAGAACUUCUGUAUGGGCAAGACUGAGAGGGAGAGGAAACAAAAGCUGUGUCCUGGCAGAAGGUCUGGGUUUGCAGAUGGGUGCCCUGAAUGGAACUACUUUAACUAAUCCAUAGGGACUUCUGGUAUGCUUUCCUCUCUUUUUAAAGGAACUUUGUGACACUAAACAUUAGCCCAAAGGACUUCUUAGCCUUCAAUUGGGAGAUACCUUUGGUCUGCUCCUGCACCAAAGCCAUGUGGGUGGAAGUCAGAUGGCCUCCCUGGUUCUGCAGAGGGCCAGAAGAAUGAGAGAGAGGAAGACUGCUGGCAGGGAAAUUGAGGAGGCGAGACUAGAACUGCACCAGCUUCCCUGAUGUCUGCAGCCAUGGCUUUGCAGCGCAGACAGAGCUUCUCUGGGAUGCUGGGAUUCUUGCCUGUAUGAAUGCAUCAAGUAUUCAUUUAUUGCCUGAAUAGGCAUUGCAUUAAGUCCUGUGUGACGUGUCAGGCAAGCCAAAAAAAAAAAAGAUGCAUAAGUCCUAAUCCCCAACAGAGGUGUUCACAGUGUAGACAGGGAAAAAAUGUAUAAACAAAUGUGUAAAAAGAGAAAUCAGCUCAUGGCUUAGGAUGGAAUUAGAGACAGGUGAGGGACACUCAGGAGCUCAUUUUCCAGCUGCUCUUCAGAGUGGAAGGGCUGGCUGGAUCGGGUAGGUAAGAAUAGCUGGAUUUUUUAGAAAAGAAAUGGAUACAGUCUAAAGAAUUAACUCACCCGGUACUUUAUUCUAAGAAGGGUCUGGCAUCCAUAUGAGGAAAAAUGCUCAGCUCCAGGAAAGAUGGGGAGUCCAAGUGGAUUAAUGAUGUCAUGCAUAAUUUUAAGAGACAAGGGAGAAAACACAAUGUAUAGCCAGAGAAGGAGAAGCUCCCAUCCAAAUCCUGCUAGGAAGAGAGUGGGCUGCAGAUGAAUCUGUGACUCAUGUUUCCCUGUUUCAAAGGGAUCCUGGGGAAGGAGGGGAACAUGCUUGCAGUAUCUCUCCCUGUCUGUCUGCUCACAUAAGCAUUCCGUCCAUCUGAGCUCAUCGUGCUAGUGGUAUGUGUAUGUGCAGUUACACAGUUUUCUGUAUCAUAGAUUCUAGUGUGUUUAUACAAGGAGACAUCUGUGGUUUCCCCAACAGUUCCAAAAGGCUAUUUCAAAGGAACCAGCCAACGUAUGAGAAAUAAAUGUAACACUGUGGACAUUGACUUCCCGCAUAAGGCAGGGUGACCCCCUGAACUCCAGAUGUCUGCACAGCAUCUUAUGUGUUGUUUUCCAUUGUGACGAAUGUGAUUGGAACGUUUGGGGAGCACCCAGAGGGAUUUCUAAGUGGGAAGCAUUACACUUUGCUAAAUCAUGUAUUUAUUCCUGAUUAAAACAAACCUAAUAAAUAUUUAACCCUUGGCA